AAUAAGAAUCAGUUCCCUCUUUAGAACCAUCCAGAUUUGCCAAGCACAAAAUAUAUUUAAAAAAUCAACUGUGAAAGGUUGAAGAAAAUGGCAUCAAUGGCAGCAACAGUAAGUUCCACCACAGUUGUUAGAGCAACACCAUUUUUGGGACAAACCAAGAAUGCUAACCCUCUUAGAGAUUUUGUUCCUAUGGGCAAUGCUAGAUUCACCAUGAGUAAUGAUUUGUGGUACGGACCAGAUCGUGUCAAGUACUUGGGACCCUUUUCUGCUCAAACUCCGUCAUACCUCAACGGAGAAUUCCCUGGUGAUUAUGGAUGGGACACUGCUGGUUUAUCUGCUGAUCCCGAAGCCUUUGCCAAGAACAGAGCUCUUGAGGUUAUCCAUGGGAGAUGGGCAAUGCUUGGUGCACUAGGUUGCAUUUUCCCAGAAGUUCUUGAAAAAUGGGUGAAAGUGGACUUCAAAGAACCAGUAUGGUUCAAAGCAGGAGCACAAAUCUUCAGUGACGGCGGACUUGACUACUUAGGCAACCCUAACCUUGUCCAUGCUCAGAGUAUUCUAGCUGUGCUAGGUUUCCAAGUGGUACUUAUGGGACUUGUUGAAGGUUUUAGAAUUAAUGGACUUCCUGGAGUUGGAGAAGGCAACGAUUUAUACCCCGGUGGACAAUAUUUUGACCCACUCGGCCUAGCUGAUGACCCUGCCACAUUUGCUGAACUCAAGGUGAAGGAGAUCAAGAACGGAAGACUGGCAAUGUUCUCCAUGUUUGGAUUCUUCGUUCAAGCUAUUGUUACCGGCAAAGGUCCUCUUGAAAACCUAUUGGAUCACCUUGAUAACCCUGUUGCUAACAAUGCUUGGGUUUAUGCCACUAAGUUUGUUCCUGGAUCUUAAAAUGAUAUAUGUUUCAAUUCUUCCAAAAGUACUCUACUUUUGUGUAACUGAACCCUUCAGAAAUGCAAAUAUGUUGUAGAUGAAAUCAUUUUGAGUUUAGUUGUUAUUCUCUUAUGAAAGUAAUAUUUCUCACAA